AUGGCGCGGCCGGCCGGGGGCGACAACGGGGACCAGACUUCGGAAGAACGGCGCGCAAGGCCUCGUUCGGCUGGACAAGAUCUUCAGCUGGAAGGGGGUGCCUUGGGGUCCUGGGGGAGUAACCCCCUCCCCUCUCCCAGGGCCAGGGGACCAGCAUCUUCAGGCAGGAAAUACUCAGACCAUUGUGAGGCCCGGGCCUCCAGGCCUGGAAAGAGCCGCAUCCCUGGCCGUGAUCACCGGCGCUACUACCAUGACCACUGGCGGCUGGAGUACCUGAUGGAUUUCAACCCCGCCCGGCACGGCAUGGUGUGCAUGGUGUGCGGCAGCUCCCUGGCCACCCUCAAGCUCAGCACUAUCAAGCGGCACAUUCGCCAGAAGCACCCCUAUUCCCUGCACUGGAGUCCCCGGGAGAAGGAAGUCAUCAGCAACAGCUGGGAUGCCCACCUGGGGCUGGGGGCCUGUGGCGAGGCUGAGGGCCUAGGGGCCCAGGGGGCUGAGGAGGAAGAAGAGGAAGAGGAGGAGGAGGAGGAGGCAGGCAGCCUCCAAGCAUGCCCGCCCAAGGCCCCAGGCAAAGCCUCAGCUGGUGGGGGCUGCCGGCGCCAGCAUCGAGGGGUGCGAGGGGGCCCAGUGGCACCCUGGCGCCGGCGCCUCUCAGCCUCCCGAAGGGCUGGGGGCAGCAGGGGGCUGGGGGCCCGGCGCCUGGAGCGGAGGCUGAAGGAGUCCCUGCAGAACUGGUUCCGCGCUGAGUGUCUCAUGGAUUAUGACCCGCGGGGGAACCGGCUGGUGUGCAUGGCCUGUGGCCAGGCACUGCCCAGCCUGCACCUGGACGACAUCCGUGCCCACGUGCUGGAGGUGCACCCCAGCUCCCUGGGGCUCAGUGGCCCCCAGCGCAGUGCCUUGCUGCAGGCCUGGGGUGACCAGCCUGAGGCGCUGUCCGAGCUCACCCAGGCCCCACCAGACGGUGACCUCAUCCCCCAGGACCUGACCAGAAAGAGCCGGGACUCCGCCCCCAAUGCUGGCGCCCCCUCCUCUCAGGACCUCAGCCCCCCAGACGUAAAGGAAGAGGCUGGCUGGGUCCCUGAGGGGCCCGGGUCCGCAGAGGAGGAGGAGGAGGGCGAGGGCGAGAGGGCAGGGGUCCCGGGCCGGUCGCCUGGGGGCCGCCCGCGCCGCCACUACCAGGAGCGCUGGCGGCUGGAGUACCUCGUGGAGCUGGACGGCUGCCGGCGCGGCCUGGUGUGCAUGGUGUGCGGGGGCGCGCUGGCCUCGCUCAAGAUGAGCACCAUCCAGCGGCACAUCCGCCAGCACCACCCGGGCUCCACGCGCCUCAGCGGGCCUGUGAAGGCCCUCAUCGCCCGGGAGUGGAGCGAGAAGGCCGCCCGCCUGCUGGCCCUGGGGCUGCCUGGCCCCGAGUCCCCCAGGGGCCCAGCCGCCACCGCCGCCGCCUCGGAGCAGGGGGGAGGGGCAGAGGAGGCGGAGCCAGAGGAGGAGUGGUGGGGCGACGUCCCGCCGUCCCCGGGGACCCCGUUGGAGCGGCCGGCCGAGGAAGAGGAGGAUGAAGAGGACGGCCAGGAGCCAGAACCCAAGGUUCAAGUGCCUCAGGCCCAGUCUCCUUGA